AUAUGGUUGCCUGUUCUUUCUGAUGUACCUAGGAUAGUAGGAGUUGUGACUCAGUUGGUUGGAUGCAUCCAUGGAUGCCUGUUGUUUCAAUGUUCGUCAGACUCUAGAAUUUAAGUACUUGGAGGUCGCUCUUCGGUCUCAUGAUUGGCUCUCAUGAAACUAAUAAACACGAUGAGAAGUUUUAGAUACCUGCUUUUUCUGUUUGUCAUCAGUUCAUAGGAUAUUAGACAAGUUUGUGAUCAAGUCGCGAUUCAAGUACUUGGUGAUCUGGCGACUCCUGUUGCAUUGUUGUUAAUGAGCCUGUUGAAAAGUUUUGAUCGUUGAGUGGAUUAUUCAUUAAGCCUUAUUCUUGACUCUUGACCGUUGCAGGACACUGAUCAUUGCCAAUGCUGGGGAUUGUCGAGCAGUGCUGGGCCGAAGGGGCAGAGCAAUUGAGAUGUCCAAAGACCACAAGCCGAACUGCACAUCUGAGAGGUUAAGAAUCGAGAAGCUUGGCGGAGUCAUCUAUGACGGCUACCUCAAUGGCCAAUUGUCGGUCUCCCGUGCACUAGGCGACUGGCACAUGAAGGGUCCCAAGGGGUCCGCAUGCCCUCUGAGCCCAGAACCUGAGUUGCAGGAAACAAACCUAACCGAGGAAGACGAGUUCUUAAUAAUGGGGUGUGACGGCCUUUGGGACGUGAUGAGCAGCCAGUGUGCAGUGACGAUAGUAAGGAAAGAGCUCAUGCUCCACAAUGAUCCUGAGAGGUGCUCCAGGGAGUUGGUCAGGGAAGCACUGAAGCGAAACACAUGCGAUAACUUGACGGUUAUAGUUGUUUGCUUCUCCCAGGAUCCGCCACCUCGGAUCGAGAUCCCUCAGACGAGAGUUCGUAGGAGCAUAUCGCUGGAAGGUUUGAACUUGCUCAAGGGCGUGCUUGAUGGGAACUCGUGAGAUGGAGGGCGGAAACGAAUGGCCUUUGUACAGGACGUUUUCCUUGGUGUCCCGCGAUUGUCAGGAGCGCAUUGUUCUGAUUCUUUGGAAAUGCGGAACCUUGUGAUGAAGUUGGAAAUGUUGUGCCGAUUUGGGAGAACGUUCGUAGCUCUGAAUGGCUGAGAUGCAUGGCUUCCUGGCCUGCUGCCUUAAUUUUUGAUUUAUCCAUUGUACAUAAUCAUGGAAUUCAUUUUGUUUCUUACCUUUUUACUUCAUAUGGUGUAAUGUUAUUUUGAUUACUACGUGAUGUUAUCACAAUUUAUUUUUAGAGUUCAUUUAAUUAAUUGAUUAUUGCCUG